UUUUUUUUCUGGAAUUCUCAGGUUCACCUAGUGCUGCGUCGUGUAAUUCUCCUGCCACCCAAGGACUUGAGAAUGUCAUCCACCAUGUCCCAUACACCCAUUCCCACUGUCGAUGAACUACGGAAUAAUAUAGAGUUUGUUGCUAUUGCUCAGUUUUUCCACACCUUCCAAUCGGCCUUUCAGCCGUGGCCGGCCGCCAAUGACUUUCAACGUCAGUUGACGCGGCUAUCCUCUCGUAGUGGACGUGGUAGUGAACAACCGGAAGAAGUCCAUGCCUUUGCCACAGAGGACUUGGAACACAUGCUGUUAAAGCCUGAAGAACGCCAUCGUUUGGAAGAACUCAUUGUACGCAUGCUUCGCUUAUUGACUCGCAAUCGCUUCAUCAAUGAUUCCACUUGGCAAAUGUACUUUGCACGAGCUUUCGAUAAGCGCGUGGACAGUGAAGAUAAUCCUUUUCGCACGGACCAACUUGAACACGAUGACAAAAUGGAAUCUACACAACAGGACACCAAAGACGAAGAAGAAGAAGCUAAUCACGAACUGUCAAAUUCACGAUCAGCCAAUGAACAAUUGAACAACUUUUUCACACUUCCACUUGAUGUCCGUGUUCAUUUACUUCAUCUCCUUUGCGAAUGGCAAUUAGAGGAUCCCGAACGUUUCCGCGAACAUUUGGCCAGCGAAUUCGAUGCGAUUCAAUGGCGCGUAGAUCCUAUCGGUUAUGAUGCCAAAGGCAAUUCUUUCUGGCUGUUUGAUGAUAAUCGGCUCUAUAAGGAGUCUCCUGCACCUCCCAAAAAGAAAAAGAGCAAAGCGUCGCGUAAACCGAAACCAAAGGUGGUACCUACACGACGAAGUACCCGCCGAAGUGCGCACACCGAAACGCCUGCCGUUGAAGAAGAAGAAGAGGAAGACGAAGACGAAGAGGAUUGGAAACCCUGGAAACUGGUUUGCUUGACUAGGGAAGAUUGGGAAAAGCUUCCGAACAAAUUUGUGAAAAGCGCGCAUCCGGAUGAGAAGCAGUUUUACCAAGUGCUCGUGAAUGACGUUUUGCCCAAAGUCAUUCCAGUAUUGGAAGAGCACGAGAAAGAGCUCAAAAAACAGGAAGCCCUGGCCCACCGAAAGCGAAGUUCACGACUGAUGAUUCGGGAAUUGGAAGCACUCGAAAGAAGUCAGCAGAUUCAACAAGCCGAACUUGCAGCCGCGGGUACCAAACGCGUUUCGUCUCGUAGGGAAGAAAUGGCUCGCAAACGUGAGGAACAACAGAAAGAAAUGGCCGCCAAAGCUCGCGAAGAACGAUUGCUUGAACGUGAAAGACGCGUCCUCGAACGUGCAAGAGCGGCAGAGGAAAAAGAAAAACGGUUGGAAAAACAAGCCGUCGCUGAAGCCGCCGCAGCGGAGGCGGCGGAAGAGCGCAAAAAACAGAAACAGUUACAACCACCGUCAGGCGAUCGACCGCCCGUCCCCACAAAAGGCAAACGUGGCCGGAAACCAAAAGCAGCAAAGAAAGGACGAGAAGACGAAGAAAAUUGGACAUUCAAUUGCGUUUGCGGGGUCUCUGGACAAAAUAUCGAUGACGGAUCUCCUAUGAUCGCCUGUGAACGAUGCGGGGUGUGGCAACACAUCAACUGUCUGAGAAAAGCAGGUGCAAUUGAUCCGCAUUUAAAAAGCUUGGAUAAAUGUAUUUUUGUUUGCUCUCAAUGCAAGAAACGAAAGGAAUCACAGGAGGAUCAGGAAGUCGAUAUUGACGGUAUGGACGACACCCCUCGAGAAGGAUAUGCUGCGAAAUAUGUAAAGCGGGACUUUGAUAAUCGAAUGCGCAUGCCUUUCGGAGCACCUCCGCCAGCUGUCAAUCCACCAUCAACCAUGCCGUCCAUCAUGUCUUAUCCAGCUCACGUGGUGAAUGGGUAUUCCCAAGCAGCACGAUUACCAUCUCUGCAACCGUGGUAUCCGCCUGUCAGUCAACCCAAUUUUGCUCCACCGCCAUCACAACCCAAUAAGAUGAUGCCACCCUAUUACGCACCCUAUCCACCUGCCGCAAGGUCUCCCAAUGGGUUGCCAACGGCGACUCAUGCGAGCAUGCUGCCUCCCAUUGUUCGACCUCCUUCAACUUCGCCGACUCCACCUUAUCCUAUGCAUCAUUCAUAUGGCCCAAUGUCAACUCCACCUCAAAACUUACCUCCUCAGAACUUACCUCCUCAAUAUCGAUUACCGCCCAUGAAUGGCUAUCCUUAUCCGCCACAAGGGCCCCGAAGAGACCAACCUCCGACACGUCCUUUGAACGAAUAACGAACCAGUCGUCCUCUUUGUCUCUUUCUCUUUCCCCCUUCUCUUCGUUGUCUUUCCUUUAGAGCCGAGUACCGCAGCGAUACACAUAAAAUAGGUUGUGGCACCAUUUUCAGAGGGUGUUACAUGCUAUCAAGAAUCUAUUAUUUAAUUGCAUAAUCAAGAUGAUAGAUUGAUUUUCAACAUGGAAAUAAACAAAAGA